CCAGCCCAAAUGUUCUCAUUCCUGCUUUCUUACAGGAUGAUGUUUUUCAAGGAGUGGUUAAAGGAGGUAUAGUGUUUUAAAUCUAUCAAAGUGGAGCCACUGAAGAAUGUAGUUUGGUUGGUAGAAGACAUGGUUAACCGGUAAGGCCAUUUUGGAGAACUUUUAUGCUUACAGAGGUGAUGAGAAUAGGAACACAAUGAAGAUGACACAGUACAUGGCUGGUUAACAUCUACUGGGAAGAGAAUUACUGACAAGCUCAGAAUCAGAUCUCCUAAAUCAUUUGGUAACUCACCUGAAGACACAUGGCCUUCUGGAUUAUUUUACCCAUCAGUCUCAGUGCUGUCUCAUUCAUCGGAUGCUGGACAGUGUAUGGACUUGCAUUAAAAUUCCACCACAUCUGCUCACUCAGUAAUUGUCAUGUUGCGGACUGCACUGUCGACAUCAUCAUCCAACUCUGAACUCGUCUCAAAGUGAAUGUUUGUUGCUUUGACCUUUUGAUUGUGACUGCGGAGUUGGAGUUUUGAGGCGAGGAAACCAAAUGACCACAGGUAAGUUAGUGUUCAUCACUAUUUAGCAUUAACAUUGCUCAAAAUGUCUGAGUGAGUUUGUGAUAUUUAGGCAGGGAGCUCUCAAAAAUGUAUUUAUUGGAAAACAGUAAUUCAGAACGUGAUAAUUAACUUUAAAUAUCGCGAAGGCUUCAGACGUGAAUAUCAUGUACUACUUCUUCAGUGUUGGCGUUACACUACUGGUGUCAUGUGUUUAUGUUGGCUGUGAAAUAUGGACUGAGGUUAUUUUAUAAUUCUCUGGCUCUGCAUCUUAUCUGAGGCUCUGAGUUGGGGUUAGCUAGCUGGAUGCUGUCACCAAUCAAAGUAGGGAUGAGUGAUACUAACCUAGAUGCUCACCUGAGUUGAUAACAUUACUUUAGCAUACAGCUUGAAGUAAUGUUAGAUAUGCCCAUUAACUUUUUGAGAGUUAAUGAUAACCUAACAUUACAGAUAUUCACCAUGAUGUUAUACAGAGAGUGGGUUAACAUUAACUACAUUUAGCAAGUGUUUUAGACAAGGGAAGCUGUACUAAUUAGCAUUAGGAGGAUGGGUUAGAGCCGUGUUUCUUCAUGUAUUCGGUGAGUGUUAAUGCUGGGUAACAGGUGCAGACAGUCAGUGGCUAACAGAACUUAGCUAGCUCAGUAAUGUCGAGGCCAAAAUUCUUCACAAGGUUAACGUGACAAAAAGAGAGGAUGGGGUUUAAGUUGUAAUGCUUUCCACUAUCUCUGUAAUAUUGUAAUAUUGACCUUAAUUAGGUCGUGCAAAAGAAAUUGGCAGUGAGGUGCUAAACUCAGGAAAUUAAAUAUACGCAAGUUAGCCAGAUUUUCCUGGUGAGUCUGUUCAUUAGCAGAGUGGAAGUUACAUUUCAAAACUUACACAAUUUGAGAUACUGUAAUGCAGUUUCUUAGUUGAAGCCCAAAGGCAUUUGUUCAUAUUUUGUAGCUAACAAUUAACCAACACUCUUUUUGCUCUUUUACAGCUUUUCAAAUGGAAGGCAGUGGGACUCCUGUCUUUCCAGAUGGCAGGGAGAUUUGUAAGAAGAUGCAUCAACUCCAAUUCUUACAUCUGUCAAAUGUUUUCAUGACUUUAAUAAAUGUCCCCUGAAUUUCAUGCAAUUGUUUGUUUUAUUUUGUGAGCAUUUUAACAGUAGAAUUAGAAGUAGAAUUUUAACAUACAAACAAAUUGCAUUUUAGGAUAAUUGUACGGAAAAAGUAUAAACAACACAUCUGUGUUAUUUUUGUGUGGAAAUGUACUAACACACAGCAUGUGUUAAAUGUACUAACACACUGAUUGUGUUGAAAACAACACAAAAUGUGUUGUCCUUAACUAGACAUGCAGAGGUGUUAAAUUCACACAUGAUGUUAUUUUUAACACAUCUGUUUUAAGAGUGUACUGUUUGCCUCACAGCUGUGGGAUUUGAACAAGAGAAGUAUUCAUUGUCUGUGUGGAGUUUCUCCUAUGUUUCCCAUGUACAUUCAGGUUUCUAUUUUCGUCCAACCUCCCAAAAACACACCAUGUUGUUGGACUGACUUCUAAUUAAAAGGGAAUACAGCAACUCAUGUAUGACAAAUGAAACAGAAAUAUGCUGCACAGGAAAUAACAUACCCACCAUAAGUGGAAGUGGAACCCACUUUCCAGAAAAUUCCCUGUUUAGUGCUACAAUCAAUGGGGCUUCAUUUUUAUUUGUGGUUUUCAGUAUUUUCCAUCAUGCGCAUAUCCUGAAGAAGUGCAAUAUGCACUCCAUCCUCAGUAAAUGUGCCAUGGUCUUUGGUUGUAUUGCUGGAGUUGGUGCCUUUGUGGCUGGAAACUGCAAUCCAGCAGAACUGAUGUUUCUGCAUAACCUAGGUGCUGCUUUGAGCUUUGUGUGUAUCUGCUUCUACACAGUGCUGCUCACAUUUCUGACAAGCAGGUGCAUGCUCACUGGACUAGAGCGCACCCUCUACCCAAUACGCAUCGUGUUCUCCAGCAUCCAGGUCACACUGACCGUCCUCUAUUGCGUCUUCUUUACUCAGAAGGACUUCUACUACAGGCAUAUCUCUGCGAUUUUUGAGUGGACACUCAGCUUGAACCUGGAGCUCUUCGAAUUCAGCUAUGCUGUGGAGUUUUAUUUCUUCUCUUCUGCAAUGCUUUCAGUACUUCUCUCAAACAGUGAUGAAGAGAACACCAUCAUUUUGUCCUGACAAAAUGGCUGACAUUUUGCCCACUCUUUUGUUAUUUCUUAGGAGCUGGUUUUCAAACCAGAAAGUUUAGAGAGAUCGUUAGAGAGGCAAACCUGUAAACCAUCCUGUAACUCAGGCAUGUAAGCAUAUUUUUUGCACAAAUGCAAACCUCAGCCUUGGUUGGAAUUUCACACCUGCAGUAUUCUGUAAAGGUUAAAUACACACAGGCUGUAUAAGAUCAAGAAUUCUCACUCGGUAGUAACUAUAGUCUUAUCAAAUCACAAAAUACCUCUAACACUGAACAAUUUUAUAGACAUACAUUUAUAUUAUAUGUAGAUGAUCGGGAUGUAAAUUUUGUGAUGAUUGGAUAAAGCAUAUUUAAUAUGUUUUGAGAAACCUAGGCAUAUCAGUAUAGUCUGCAAUGUAGAUAAGGAACUCUCAUCUACCCAAGACAACAUUGAGUAGCUACCAAACUGAAUUAAUUUAAAGACCAAUAAAUUGAACUGUUGUGUUUGACUCUUCA